AUCACUCUUUAUGAUUUCAUACGCUCUCUGACGCUGCAGUGUGCCUGUAUUGCGUGGUGCUUACAGUCGAGUUCGUACAGUUGUAAAGUCAAGAUGGCUUCUCGUUUGAAGGUCCUCGGAGUGUUCAAAGCACUGCACAGAACAAGGAUGGAUGUGUUCAAAGAAGAUAACAGAGCAUUGACAGCGGCAAGACAAAAGAUAAAUGAGGAAUUCAGGAAAAACAAAAAUGAGACUUUGGAGGAAAACAUAAAUCAGAUGAUUAAAAUGGCCGCUGGUGUGGAAGUGUUUCUUCGUCAAGAUGUCAUACAAGCCGAGCAUGUAGCUGAAGAUAGGAUUCAACUCCGACCUAGAGAGAGCCUUCUUCUGGAAAACGUACCAUACUGCGAUACACCCAGAAAAAAGUCAUCUUCUAACAAUGCACCAAAACAAAGUUGCAACGAUGCACCAAUUACACGAUGUGAAUGACCAAUAAUAACAGCUGAAGAGUUUGUCAUACAAAGGUGGUAACUGUAGCUUUGGCUAUGAAAGGUCAAAGGUGAUAUGAAUUGUAAAUACAUGUAUAUUCUUUUGUUUGCUGCUAUAUGUGUUGGAUUCUUGUUGAAUGAAUGAUUGUUAUGCUUAACUGAGUUGUGUUGUAUAAGUAUCAAAUGUGUUUAAAAAACAUAAUAAAUGUAAGGCGGUUGUUACACUUUAUGAACA